CGCAGCGACUAUUUCAUGUGUUUUCAUAUCUGGAACAGGUGCAGCAACAUUCAAAUAGUUCCCUCUCGUCAGGUAUUUAAGGAAUGUUCCAGGCUGCCUGUCUGCUCAGCCAGGGAGCAGCCAAUCUUCACCACCAGGGCCCAUGUGUUCCAGAUUGACCCGACCACCAAGAAGAACUGGGUCCCAGCCAGCAAACAGGCAGUCACCGUUUCCUACUUCUACGACUCCACACGCAACAGCUACCGCAUCAUCAGUGUAGAUGGAUCCAAGGUGAUCAUCAACAGCACCAUCACCCCAAACAUGACCUUCACCAAGACCUCCCAGAAGUUUGGCCAAUGGGCUGACAGCAGAGCCAACACAGUGUUCGGACUGGGGUUCGCCUCCGAGCAGCAGCUGGCCAAGUUUGCUGAGAAGUUCCAGGAAGUGAAGGAAGCAGCGAAGCUGGCCAGGGACAAGUCACAGGAGAAGAUGGAGACAUCGAGUAACAAUUCCCAGGAGUCGGGUCGUGAGACCCCCUCGUCCACCCAGGCCUCCAGCAUCAACGGGACGGACGAUGAGAAGAUCUCCCACGGAGGACCGGAGACCGCAGCGCUGAUGAGCGAGAACGACAAACUCAAGACCACUGUGGAACAGAGGUAAGA